GCGGGAAUACUCGACCGGCGAACGGCGACCACGCUGGGGGUCUAUCGCACCCGCCGAGACAACUCUUUCUACGAAAAUCGCGAUGUGUAAAUAAACUUGUAACAAGUGAUACAGUGCGGCGACACGAUUUAACAACCGAAAUAACCGACGAACGUUUUACACGAUGGCUCUAAAAGUUGUGUGCGGUGGUGUUUUAUUUUUGUGCAUUUUACAUAGUGCCGCUAAUUUCAAUCUAGAGCCGAGGAUUCCCGUCAUAAAGUUCGGAGAGACUGGCUCUUACUUUGGAUUUUCUGUUGCUGAACAUCAGUCCGUGAACAGUACGCAUGUCACUAGUUGGUUGCUAGUCGGGGCUCCGCUUGGCCAGAACCUUCAACCCAACACAUCGCAGUCAGGCGCCCUCUGGAAAUGUGGUCUGACUCCAGCUGUGAGAGACUGCGAGCAGGUCAUCACCGACGGCUUGAGGACGAAGUACGGCCAAAUAAGGACGAUUAUAGGUACGGACCCAUCACUUGUAAACUUGUCGGCGCCCCAUCCUGAUGAGAUCAAAAAGGGGCAGUGGCUCGGAGUAUCAGUCAGAAGUCAGGGUCCUGGAAAGAAAGCUGUUGUCUGUGCCCACAGAUACAUUCGUAAAGUGGGGGAAUCUCAAUAUGGACAAGGACUUUGCUAUAUGUUGGAUAACCAGCUGAAAUUGGCUGACAUUUGGGAACCGUGUAAAGGCCGUCCUGUCGCAAGAGAACAUGAAGAAUUUGCGUUCUGCCAAGUGGGUACGAGUAGUUCGUUCUUGGGUGACGACACCAUACUGAUGGGCAGUCCUGGACCGUAUGCUUGGCGGGGCACGAUCUUCACUCAAGACGCCAGUGAUGACGUACUGGCUCGGGACCACGUCGUCUACAUGGCGCCUGUGGGAGAUGGGGCCAGCCCUGUGGAGAAAUACAGUUACUUGGGUAUGUCAGUAAUAGGAGCCAACUUUUUCGGCCCAAAGCCAUCUUACGCAGCGGGUGCGCCGAGAGCCCAAGGAACAGGACAAGUGGUGAUCUUCAGCAAACCCAUCAUCAAGGACUGGACUCGCACCGACAUCGAUAUCCUCAAAGUCGCUCAGCUCUUCAAAGGGGAGCAAUUUGGUUCCAGCUUUGGUUAUGAAGUCUCAUCGGCAGAUGUGAAUGGAGAUGGAACGCCAGAUCUUUUAGUUGGUGCACCCUUCUACUUCUCUCGUGAUGCUGGCGGUGCAGUGUAUUUAUACCUCAACGACAAAUAUAGUUUUAAAUCCAAAUAUGACGUUCGACUAACUGGUAAACAAGAGUCCCAGUUUGGUAUCACCAUCGCAAAUGCUGGUGAUCUAAACAAAGAUGGAUGUGAAGACAUAGCUAUCGGAAGUCCGUAUGAAGGACAAGGAGUGGUAUACAUUCAUAUGGGAGACAGGAAACAGGGCUUGAAGACAAAACCUGACCAAGUUAUAAAGGCGGAGUCUUUGCCGAUAACGUUGAGGACUUUCGGGUAUUCUCUAUCAGGUGGUGUAGAUCUGGAUGACAAUGGAUACCCUGAUUUACUCGUUGGCGCAUACGAAAAUAGCAGCGUCGCUCUCAUCCGAACUCGGCCGAUAAUAGACAUCAAAACCUCCGUACGACCGACAAAUACGAUCAUGAACAUCGACCCCACGGUCCAGGGUUGUGAGAAAGACCCUGGAGCCAACUAUACCUGCUUCCACUUCCAAGCCUGCUGCAUCAUCAAGUCUCUAGUCAAAUCCACUAAAACUAACGUUCAUACGUUAAACUAUGUUAUUGAAGCUGAAACUUUCCCUGGUGGCAGAAAGUACUCUAGGGUUUUCUUUGAUUCAGAUAAAAGUAAUAUAGUCAAUAAGACGAUUAGGUUAGGGAAAGACGUUGAAGACUGCCGAGAACAUAUUGUUUAUCUGAAGAAUAAUACUAGAGAUAUUCAGACACCAAUCAAAUUCCAAGUAACCUACAAACUAGAGCACGAGCAGCCUAAAUAUUCCACAAUCGGCCAGCUGCCCAAUAUCGAUGACUACCCCGUGUUGAAUGCGACAGCCACCACGACCUUCAGCGCGAACUUCCUCAACGACUGUGGUGUGGACGGUGUAUGCGUCAGCGAUUUGGUAGUCGACCCUGUGCUACAUCUUCCUAAAACUGAAGGCAGCAAUACUUACGCACUGAAACUCGGCCAGGAGGAGGAGAUCCAGCUGUCGAUAGCAGUGGACAACUACGGCGAGUCGGCCUACGAGGCGCAGCUGUUUGUGAACCACCACGCCAGCCUUCACUACAUCGCUAUCAAUAUUAGUGACAAACACGUCAUCUGUACGAGCGUGAACAAGACGACCGUAUCCUGUAUGCUUGAGAAUCCAUUCAAGAAGCAGCCGGCUGGUACCCCACCCAUUACCAUGAGGUUCGACGCGAAGGCUCUGGAAGACAAUGAACCCUCUGUGGUGUUCACUGUCUGGGCCAACUCGACGUCUGAUGAACUGUACCCUGGGAAGACUCCGGCUAAAGUGGAAGCACUGGUCAUAAAGAAUGCUGAGCUUCUGAUCAAGGGUGCCGCACGUCCCGAGCAGGUGUUCUACGGCGGAGAAGUGAAGGGAGAGUCUGCAAUGACUCAUUUCGACGACAUCGGCACCAGGGUUAUGCAUACUUAUCAGGUGUUCAAUGAGGGCCCAUGGCGCGUAUCAUCAGUGCAGGUGGUGAUCUCGUGGCCGCACCAAGUGGCGGCGGACAGCGCGCAGGGCAAGUGGCUGUUAUACCCUGAGGAUGUUCCCACGGUGGAUGGUGAAGCUGAUCAAAGCAAUGGCGAAUGCUUUAUAUCCGAGAAUCAAAUAAAUCCAUUGAAACUGACGCCAAGGCCUGGUGUCCCUGAACCGUACUUAGAGAAUCUGGAAAUGGACCCAUUCCUAAGAACAGGAAAACUAAGUGUCAGCUCCAGUGAAAAAGAACAUAAUGAAACGAAGAGGGUUUUCGAAUCUUCUAAUGCUUUCGAAAAUAAGGUCAGAAGAAGAAGAGAAAGUGACGUCGUAAAAGCAGAAGCGUACACAGAUAAGGAUGGACAAAGAAAACAAGUUGUUAAUAUGAACUGUCAAAAGAAGACGGCCAAGUGCAUCCAGUUCCAAUGUGUCAUCUACCGACUGGGCCGCAUGCAGGCUACCACCAUUACGGUCAAGGCGCGUUUGUGGAACUCCACUUUGGUGGAAGACUACCCUCGCGUCAGCCACGUCAACAUCGCCUCCACCGCGUAUAUCGUUAUACCCGAGCAUUAUAAUUUACAUCAGAGUAAACACCACGAUGACACUGCUACGGUGGAGACGGUCGCUUACCCCGACCUUAAAAUAAGCGAGCCUUCAGAAGUGCCUUUGUGGGUGAUCAUCCUUUCAGUGAUCAUCGGACUAAUAGUGUUAAUCCUACUCAUCAUCGCGCUUUGGAAGCUUGGCUUCUUCAAGCGCAGUCGGCCAGACCCGACCCUGUCUGGCAAUUUGGAGAAAAACAACCACGAGUCAAGUCCCUUCAUAGGGAGGGAACGGAACAGUAUUCGAUAGCUGGAGUAUUUCAUGGUGCACGAUGUGCAUAUUUAGUUUCUGGUGCACAAAGGAGUGAAGUGCAACGGAUUUUAGAACGUUGUGUACAUAUUGUGUUGGAUUGUUCGGUUUAUGAGUCUAGGUUAGGGAACAAAGUUGACCGCAGAGGGAAAAGUGGAACAAUGACGUAACCUUACAUAAAUCAACUUUACAGAGUUAUGAUAUCAUAAUCUUCAGUGUAUCUAGUUAACACCGUACAGUGCUACAUGACCUAUUAACCGGUUCGUUGUAUAAAAGAAAGCUCAAAACUGAAGCAUAGAUUUGUUUGUGAUUGGUGGAAUCUCAAUAUUUGACCACCAAUCAGGAUUUAAUCUAGUCUUAGGUGUUGAGUGUCAUUUUACGCCUUGAGCUUGUGAACACUGUAAGAGUUCAUUUCGAUAUUUAUAGGUUUUGAUCAAAUUUGUUCCUUGUAUCUAGACGUUGUAUGUAAUAUACAAAUAAAUUAAAUAUUUUGACUGUGAUGUCUUCAUAGAGGAAAAUUGUGCGUAUGUGAUGUUUUAAACAGUCGUGUUUAAGUUGUUGAAGUUUGCACGAGCCCUUGUAUUGAGAAUUUUAUUAUAUUUUUUUCUAUUUGCAUUUCUGUAGAGAUUAAUGUGGACUACGCGAGUUAAAUGAUUGUUUGUUUAUAUAUUCGAAUGGAUAUAUUUCUUCUGUAAAUAAACACUUGUCUUUUUUUCUUAUUUAUGCGUAGUUAAGUGCCUACUUAAUCGACUAGAUUUUUUCCUAGUCACAAUAUGAAAUAGUUAAUUAAUAUAGUUAGUAGUAUUUAGAUGAAGAUGUUUUUUGCAUCUAAGGAUUUUAAAUGGUCACAAAUGCAAAACUAGAAUCCUUAUUGAGCACUUUUAAAGUCAUCCAAAAAAUAUGGCACAGGCCUGAAAGUUAUCUUAAUUAUGAUUUAGGGACUUUCUUUUAAUAAAAAAAACUUAUUUUUAUA